AGCCUGGAAGACAGAGAAAAAAGGCACUCGUUUCACAAGGAGCAGCUGGCUCGGGAACACCGGUACCUCAGACGGCGGCUCGCGCAACUGCACGCGGCGCCGUGCGAGUUGAAUGCGCGCGCGCUGGCCGACGCGCUGCCGCACGCGCAUAGCACGCGUGCGGACUCGCUGUCCUCGCUGGAGUCGUCGUCGGGAGUGUCCACAGCGGAGCGGUCGCCGUCGUCAGUCUCGGAAAGUGACGAAGUGGACGUGAUCGGCUACACGUCGAACCAGAGCGACAGCGAGUCGCUGGUGUCGGGCCACAGCGGCGACAGCGGCGUGGGCGUGCGCGCGAGACGCGUUCGCGCGCGCACGCCGCACGCGCACGUCCACCACGAGUGCCACGCGCGCGCGCGCCGCGAGGCGAGAGUCUAG